AUGGCUGCCACCAUCCCACCUGAGCUAUCCUCUGGGUACCCAGCAUCUCCAGGACAUACUGGCUGUCCUGCCCCCCAGGCUAGCAAUCCUGAAAUCCAGGCUGAAUAUCCUGAUCCCCAGCCUGGCUACACUGGAACCCAGACUGACUAUCUAGUUGGUGAUAGAGGGGCUGGCCUAGUUGGCAUUCCUAUCCAAUACCAGCCAGUGUCUCUUCAGACAAGUGUGCCUGCAAGGCUACUAUGGAUUCCAGAGCUAACACCUUCAUCAGACAGUCCACCAGGGUUGGAAUAUUUAAAUCAGCUAGAUCAAAUCCAGAUUCAUCAGCAAGUUGAACUUACGGAAGUCAUAAUAAGUUAUGAAACCAAUAACAAGUAUGAAAUUAAGAACAGCCUUGGACAGAGGAUAUACUAUGCAGCAGAGGAUACUGCUUUGUGCACCUGAUUUUGCUAUGGAUCUUAUAGGCCUUUUAUCAUGAGUAUUCAUGAUCUUAAGGGCCAAGAAGUCAUAACUCUGAAGAGACCACUAAGGUGUACCAGCUGUUGUUUUCCCUGCUGCCUGCAGGAGAUAGAAAUCUAUGCUCCUCCUGGUAUACCAAUAGGUUAUGUGACUCAGACCUGGCACCCAUAUCUGCCAAAGUUUACAAUUCAAAAUGAGAAUAAAACGGAUGUUCUAAGAAUUAUAGGCCCAUAUUUUGUGUGCAACACUUGUGGAAAUGUUGAAUUUAAGAUUAAAUCUCUUGAUGGAAAAAAUGUGGUUGGCAAGAUUUCCAAGCAGUUUACUAGGCUUAUGAGAGAAAUAUUUACACAUUACAGUAACUUUGUCAUCCAGUUCCCUGCAGACAUUAAUGUGAAAAUGAAAACUGUGAUACUUGGCAUGUGUUUCCUCAUUGAUUUCAUGUUUUAUGAUAACAGUGGCUGCAUUCAGCUUUUGACAGCAGGAACAUGGUAG